UUCAAAAAGCCCUCAAAUGAGGGCCCAAAAGUAAAAUAAAAUGGGUCAAGUCCAACUUGUUGACCCAAAAACACCUUUCUUCAUUCUCGCGUUAAGAACUUUGUGUCUCGUCGAGUCAAAAACUCAAAACGCACCGUUCUUGUCUCAUUUUGCAAUCUUCCCAACUGUUGAAAGGUGCUUCCUAUUUGCUACCAUCAAAGAGACUAGUACAGUUAUCAGGAUGGUGUAUGAACUAACUGAGCAAAAAAAGAUUGGUUUGGGUCUCAUUGGUUUUGGUAUCGUUUUUACAUUUCUUGGUGUAGUUCUAUUCUUCGACAGGGGUUUACUUGCCCUUUCAAAUAUAUUUUGCUUGACUGGGGUAGCCCUUUUGCUUGGUUGGCGUUCAACGUGGAACCUUUUCACUAACAGAGCAAACUACAAGGGUUCUGCAGCUUUUCUUCUAGGGCUCUUUUUUCUUUUUGUUCGGUGGCCAAUAGUUGGUAUAAUCCUACAAAUAUAUGGUUGUAUUGCUCUCUUUGGCGGUUUUUGGCCAUCUGUCAAGGUGUUUCUCUAUCAGAUUCCAGUUUUAGGAUGGAUUAUACAGUAUCCUGUUCUGCAGCUUCUUGAUCGCCUGAGGGGCUCUAGUUGAAAACCUGUUGGGUUCUGAUGACUGCUUUUGAAGUAUGCCAAUUUAUGCUUACCUAAUACAAAUCGGCAUCUGAAGGUUUGACAGCUGACUGCAAUCCAUUGUCAGAUGUGUAAAAGCGAAGGUAUAGGCCAUGUUGGUUCCACUGAAAACGGGCUGUAUUUUGUUUUCAUUUCCUGUUUUCUAUGGGCCCCAUCACCCAAAAACUUGUUUGGGUUUGUGUUUUGUUCUCAGUAUUGAAAUGUGGAUAUGAAAACAAAAUAUGAGAACAACUUUUCUACA